AGCAGCUCCAGGUCCAGCCCCUAGAAGACAGAACAGCUCCAGGCUCUCCAUCCUCGGACUUUGCAAGGGGACAGUGGUGCCAGCUGGCUCGGGCAGGCUUCUGGCAGCAUGGCAGUAAAGCUUGGGGCCUUCCUGCUGGUGUUUGGGCUCAGUGUGGUGUGGCCAGGGCCAGCUGCUGCCCACCGGAAGCUCCUGGUGUUUCUCCUCGAUGGUUUUCGCUCAGACUACAUCAGUGAGGAGGUCCUGGCGUCCUUGCCCGGUUUCAGAGAGAUUGUGAACAGGGGAGUCAAAGUGGAUUACCUGACUCCGGACUUCCCCAGCCUCUCCUACCCCAAUUACUACACCCUAAUGACUGGCCGCCAUUGUGAGGUCCACCAGAUGAUCGGGAACCACAUGUGGGAUUCCAGAACCAACAAGUCCUUCGACAUUGGGGUCAACCAAGACAGCCUUUUGCCACUCUGGUGGAAUGGGUCGGAACCGUUGUGGAUCACUCUGAUGAAGGCCAGGAGGAAGGUCUACAUGUAUUACUGGCCAGGCUGUGAAGUGGAGAUUCUUGGUGUCAGACCAACUUACUGCCUAGAAUAUAAAACCGUCCCAACAGAUAUCAAUUUUGCCGAUGCAAUCAGUGGUGCUCUUGACUCAUUAAAGAGUGGCCGAGCUGAUCUGGCAGCCAUAUACUAUGAGCGCAUCGAUGUGGAAGGUCAUCACUAUGGCCCCUCAUCACCUCAGCGAAAAGAUGCCCUCAGAGCUGUGGACAAUGUGUUUCAGCACAUGAUCAAGUGGAUCCAGGAACGUGGCCUGCAGGAUGACCUAAACGUCAUCAUUUUCUCAGACCAUGGGAUGACUGACAUCUUCUGGAUGGAUAAAGUGAUUGAGCUGAGCAAGUACAUCAGCCUGGAUGACCUGCAGCAGGUGAAGGACCGAGGGCCCGUUGUGAGCCUGUGGCCAGCCCCUGGAAAACACUCUGAGAUAUAUCAUAAACUCAGCACAGUGGAACACAUGACUGUGUACGAGAAAGAAGCGAUACCCAGCAGGUUCUACUACAAGAAAGGGAAAUUCGUGUCUCCUUUGACUUUGGUGGCCGACGAAGGGUGGUUCAUAACAGAGAAUCGAGAGGUGCUUCCGUUCUGGAUGAACAGCACUGGCAAGAAGGGAGGCUGGCAGCGUGGAUGGCACGGAUACGACAAUGAACUCAUGGACAUGAGAGGCAUCUUCCUGGCCUUCGGACCUGAUUUCAAGUCCAACUUCAGAGCUGCUCCCAUCAGAUCGGUGGAUGUCUACAACAUCAUGUGCAAUGUAUCAGGCAUCACCCCACUGCCCAACAAUGGGUCCUGGUCCAGGGUGGUAUGCAUGCUGAAGGAUCAGACCAGCUCAGCUCCAUCUGCCCCACUGAACCACUGUGCCCUGGUCUUGAUUCUCCUCUUAUACUUUGCAUAACUGGUCAUAUCGCUCAUUCCAAAGCAUUGUUGCAGUAAGGCCUGCCUCCAACAUGGGACAGUUUUCAUUUUCUUUACGAAUAAUAGCUUUAUUAACACAAUCAAGGCCAUUGAAGUUGUAAACAUAUUAUUCUUGGAUGAUUAUAUACAUAAAGUCCCUUCUUUUAAAAAAAAACUUUUUAAACUCUGUUUUACCUAAAAGUUUGUCAUUUUGAUCUUUUCAUUCACUUCACUACACACGUUCUCUCCUUAGCACAUCAUUACUGAAGACGAACAGUGUGAGCAGUGGUCUGUCCCAGUAACAGCCAGUCAUCAAAUGGAUAUCCUGUAGUCUUCCUGGUCCCUUUCAUCCUGCCUUGCCCUAUCAAUCAGGCCCUCUGUGUCCUGUUCACAUUCAAGUGCUCAUAUUUGGGAUCUGCAGCCAUAAUUCUGCACUGUCUUUUCUAUUCCGGAAAGAGGAGGUCUAGUCACAGGAAAGCAACACGGGCUGUCUGUUUCUGCCCCGGUGCAUGGUGUUUUUAAGAACACAGUCUCAGAAAGCAAGUAGGCCAGUAGAGAUCACCAACCAACCAAUUAAAGUAUCAAAAAACAACUAAACUCACAGAACUGGCAAAAGCCAUGAUUUCCUCUCUCAAAGUCUGAGAAGACAAAUAGCUUCUCAAUUUCAUUGAGUGCUUACAUUGUAGGGUCCGUGAGGCUUACUACACAAUCUCUCAUAGUCUAAAGCCUUGUGAACCACAGGCCCUGAACAUUGAUGUGUACUGAUCAUCUGCCUACCUGGUUCAUCUGCCUAUGACCUCUUACUUCCUCCAGACACUGCCACUCUUUUGCUCUUGAGUCAGGGUGCAGGGCAGGUAAAUACCUGAUAUUGUCAGUAUAGGCUUAGAAAGGAAGAGAUGUCUCGGCAAUAAUAAUACGAACAUUAGAAAUAUUAACUCAUUGCUAGGAAUGGUGAUAUAUCAAACUCAAGUUUUGUAUUUCAGGAGUCCAGAAGAGGACUAUAAAAAGAGUUGAUUGUAUUUUUAAACAAUUAGAGGCACGUGCAUGUGCACAUGCGUGUGUACACACACACACACACACACACACACACACACACACACCUCUACAUAUGAUGGUUAGACUUAGGUUUUUUUAUACUUUUUUUAUGGUGAGGAAGCAAGACACAUUCAAUAGACUGCAAUCUGAAUUUUGAACUUGAACAUUUUUUCAGCUUAGUAUUACGCAACGUGACACUGUCUCACGAGGCUGGCCAGAAGCAGCAACAAGCCACAGCUCCCAACCAGCCACAUGAUCCUGGGUGUAAACACAUAAUAUCCUAGAGCAUCAUGUGCGGCUAAACAAUGAGGUUUUAUAGGAUGGUGCACUAAAUUCAUUUUGACUGAAUAAUAUUUCCAAUUUAUGACGGGUUUAUUGGGAUGUGACCCCAUCAUAAGUUGAGGAGCUUAUAAAUCUUGUUGCUUUGCAUUCGAAAGGAGUUGGUACUAAAUGAGUCACUAACAGUGACACUGUGUUGGGAAAAGAUAAAACAUCAGCUCUCGGGAGGAGGAAGCUUUUGUUUGGUGCUUGCCUGGACAGAAACAGCUCUCCACAGCACCCGGGUUUGGUAAAGAUGGGCUUGCUACAGUGCCUUGAGUCAAGAGAGCAAAAGAUCACUGCUUAAAAAUGUCGAGUUCAGCCUCACAAAAGAUUUCUAAGGAUUUAUGUAAUGUGUUUUUUAAAGCUCCAACAAACCAUGGAAUCAACUGGAAAGGAGGCGAAUCAGCCUUUGUUGUGUGGUUGAAAGCAAAUUAGUACUUUCAGAGCACUGCUACGAGCUGUGGCCACAGAUAUCCAUUGUUCAAAGUUUUCUUUUCCCCUCAAGAAUGGUGUUUUGUUGAAUUCCAGGAAGCUGGCUUGACUUCCUCUUCAGAAGGAUUUCUGAGAGACAUUCAAGUGAUGAAAUUAAAAGUGAAUUAUUAAAAUCAAGAGGGGAUAAUAAGAUUUCACACACUAUUGCAUUUUUCUUUCUUGGUCUGUUCUGUUCCCUCCACUCACCCUUAAAAACCCUUUAAGUUGUAUAACAGCAGUUCAGAUCUCUGUCUGAUAAAGUAUAAUUUCUCAAUAAGUAAUGUUGAAUAAAUGAAUGAGAUACCAAAGGAAUCUUGAGUAGAGGUCAAUAAUAAAAUUGAAGGAAAACAUCUUUAGUCUAAAACUAACGCAUACAUUCUGAUGACAUAAUUAGUUGGCUGAAAUUCCCUUCCUUUUAGUUUUACUUUAAAGUCUAAUUAUUUUCCCCAGUUAAAAAUCUACCCCCCCCCACUAUUAACCCUGCUUAGCCUCUGAUGAGAUAUAGUAUGUUCAUGGUGCUAUGGCUCUACCCUUCACUUUCUCUAAAUGUCAUGUGUUCUAUAAAGUAAAAUGUGCUGGGAAUAUGCACACACAUCCUUCCUCCUGAAGUUUUCUGAGACUUUACUGCUAACCCCAGGAGUGGGAUAACCGAGUGGACCUACCACAGAGAAAUGAAAGGGAUGUUCUUUAAAUUAAAGAGGAGACUAAGGGAUACUUUCUCUGCCCAUGUGCCUCAACUCCAGAAUCCAAUUUAAUUAAGUUCUAAAGACCUAACCAUAAACUACAAUAGGUCCAGGGAAUUCUUGCAAGCCUAGAAGAGUCUUAAAUUAUAAAGGCCCAAUUCUCUUCACUUUUUGGGAAUCCAUAUCAGAUCUGAGUUCAGCCACAGAUAGUACCUUGCAAACCCUUCCAGAGUAAGAGGGAUAGGGCCCCAGACAACACUUGUAAGUCAUAAUAAUGAAAGUUUGGGCUUGCUCCAAGGAGACAUGGGUUUUGACUCAAUCCUGGGAUAUCUGAAUCCCCGGAGAACUAUUUCAUAAUUAGGCAGUUUCUCCGGGGAUCAUCAGCUGACAUUGGACACUGACCAACCCCAUUUGGGUCAGACUUCUAUCCCUCCAAAACCAAAGUGGGAGGCAGGGUCUGAAAACUCUUGGGGAGGAAGAAACUUGUGGAGGAAAGAGCAAUAGCAAAGUCAGCUUCUGCACGCCCUGCCUUGUGGUUCUAAGAAUCCCAAUGGUGCUAUCAAACCAACUUGGACGUUGUUCAAGAUGCACAGCUCUUUUGUGGAAUUUUCUAACUGUUUCGAGUUUGUGUAAAUGUCAAGAGAUUUCCAAGUGUGAUUUGUAUUUUACCCUUUAAAGCAACUUGUGAUGGACCAAAGUCAGCUACUAUAAAUUUUUUGCUACAGAAAAGGAGGGCAUCAUCAAUGCCCACUGGUUAUUAAACAUUUAAAACUUGGUCUCAAGUUUACACUAAGGAGAAUAUGUGCUGCUCAGAAAUCGUAAAAUAGCACCUAGUACAGUGCCUUAAAUGUUUAUAUUUUGAAUGAAAAAAAAAGAAUAAAUGUCAACAGGGAGACUUAAA